GGACUAGCCAAUGCGUAAAGAAACGUGUGCCUUUGAACGGUGCAACAAUCAAUACGUUUUUUAUUUUACUGUAAAUCGCCAAGAUUUCAUCUCGAGAAUCCCUUGAAGACGUUUGUGAGGGAACACGAACAGAUUAAAUAAAUGCAGCGAGAACAAGAUGUUCUCAUGGAACACCACUUAAAGCUCCACAAAUAAUUACCGAUUUAGGCUAAGUGUAAAUUGAGUCUAAAUCUUAGUUAAAUUUGUCGUCCAUUUUUUUUGUCCUCACUUCGCAGCAUGUCACAUGGCGAAGUUGAGUUGUCUGGACUUAGCUUUCCAAGUUUACCUGUUGAUAUAGAUAGCGAUUGUCUAUCCAGAGUGCCAAUGCUCCGAACGCAGCCGCUAAGCGCACGGAGGAACUCGUAUGUGCUUCACAAGUUGAAUGUGGAUCUUGAGCCACAGUUUUAUAAUGGGACACUUUCGAAAACAUUGUCCUGGUCCGCCGAGAAUAUUUUAUCCGAGAGAAGGACAGAGGAACCGAAAGUCGACACUCCUUCAUCUCCGUCUCCUGUCUCAAGUCCGGAUCCUUCUACUCCACAACUCGCUUCACCUUCAGAAACAUGGGACGCGUCGGUUCCGUCCACCGUUGCUCAUGAUGCUAGUUCAGAUUCGGACACUGAAGUCAUAAAAUCCGAAAAGGUUAUACCCCGCCGCCAACUGGAGAGCCGAUGGGAACAGGACGAGAAAGAGGACAUUGAGACUAAAGCCGUAGCCACCUCACCUGACGGAAGGUACCUGAAGUUCAAUAUCGAAAUCGGGAGAGGGUCUUUCAAGACAGUCUACAAAGGUCUAGACACAGAGACCACAGUGGAGGUGGCAUGGUGUGAGUUGCAGACCCGGAAGCUGACCAAAGCCGAGCGGCAGAGGUUCAGUGAAGAGGUGGAGAUGCUGAAGGGCCUCCAGCAUCCUAACAUUGUCCGCUUCUACGACUCCUGGAAAUCCACAGUGAAAGGACACAAGUGUAUCCUGCUGGUCACAGAGCUCAUGACUUCAGGCACCCUCAAAACGUACCUAAAGCGGUUUAAGGAAAUGAAGCCAAAGCUGCUCCAACGCUGGAGCCGUCAGAUCCUGAAAGGCCUUCACUUCCUGCACACGCGCACACCUCCCAUCAUCCACCGGGACUUGAAAUGCGACAACAUUUUCAUCACCGGCCCCACGGGGAGCGUAAAGAUUGGAGACCUUGGCCUCGCCACGUUGAAAAGAGCAUCAUUUGCCAAGAGUGUGAUUGGAACCCCAGAGUUUAUGGCUCCAGAGAUGUAUGAGGAGAAGUACGAUGAAGCAGUUGAUGUGUAUGCGUUUGGGAUGUGUAUUUUAGAGAUGACCACAUCAGAAUACCCAUACUCAGAAUGUCAGAACGCCGCACAAAUCUACCGCAAAGUCACCAGUGGGAUGAAGCCGGACAGCUUCUAUAAAGUGAAAGUCCCUGAGCUGAAGGAGAUUAUUGAAGGAUGCAUUCGUAUGAACAAGGAUGAAAGGUACACCAUCCAGGACUUGCUGGCACACACCUUCUUCCAGGAGAACAAUGGUGUCCAUGUGGAGCUGGCUGAGGAAGACGACAUGGAGAAGUCCAGCCUGAAGCUCUGGCUCCGCAUGGAUGACAACAAGAAGCUUCACGGCAAAUACAAGGACAACAAUGCCAUCGAAUUUUUGUUUGAGCUCUACAAGGAUGUGCCAGAGGAGGUGGCACAGGAGAUGGUAGUUUUGGGAUUUGUGUGUGAGGCAGACUACAAGUUUGUCACCAAGGCAAUGCGGGACAGGGUGACGGCUAUCAAACGCCAGCGGGAGAAGCGGCGUCGACUGGCCGAGGAGCAGAAGAAAAGGAAGCAGGAACUCAUUGAGGAGGAACCUGAACCUCCCUCCCCUAAUCUUGUAGACCAAGCACCAGAGAGCUCUGCCUCGUCUCCAGUGCAGAUUCCACCCACUCCACUCCUUCCUUACCCUCCUAUUCUCUCUCGAGUUAAUUCCCCGGAUUAUGGGGUGAGUGUCGGCUUCCUACCAGAGCCAGAAGAACCAGAGGCUGACCAGCACUUCAACAUCCGGCACACAAGCUACUCCUCAGUAACCUCUGAUUGUGAGACAGAUGGCUAUCUUAGUCCCACGGGCUUUCAGGACACACUCGAUGUGGCUAAGAGUAACAUGAGAAGUCCUUCUACUCCUCCCACUAUACUGGCCAUACCCACAGUAGCCACACUCAUCCCAGCUCCUCCAGUACCAGCUCUACGAUUUCCCUCAAGCAUUGCUGUGUCUAAUAAUAUUGACAAAGGACUGUCUGGACCUCCAAGUCCAAUCUCCUCUCCUGUGGACAGCUAUGCCUCAGAUGUAACCUCAGGCCUGAGUGAUGGCUGUGAGGGCCAAUCAGAGAGGGUCAGUAAAGCAGCGGCCCGACGAACAGCAGGAAAACUGUUCAGGAGAAGCGCAUGGUCCCGUCUGCGCAUCACAGGGCUGUCUGAUAAAGUGGACCGGGUGGUGGAAUGCCAGCUGCAGACACACAAUGAUAAGAUGGUCACCUUCAAAUUUGACCUUGAUGGAGACAGCCCUGAGGACAUUGCUGCAGUUAUGGUCCACAAUGAGUUCAUCCUUCCCUCUGAGAAAGAGGGCUUCGUUUACCGAAUGUGUGACAUCAUCAAACGGGCAGAGUCCCUAAUGGGCGAAAGAGCAGCAGAUCACCAUGGCAACCAUGGACCGUCCCACUCCCCACCCCUUAACAGUGCCGGCAACCUUUCAGUGUCACAGCCAAACCUCCAUAGUCUUGCACGAACACAUUCCUCCUCCUCUCUGCCAGAGUUCAACCCAGGCAGUGGAGCACGUAGUUCACCACCACGGCUGAGCAGAGACGUUACCUCACCUGUGCGUCCCCUCUUACGCUCGCAGUCCUUCCACAACACACCGGGAACUUCACGUCUAUUGCAAACCACCUCUGAUUCUGCCUCGUCCCUUUCUAAGCUCCCCCACUUGCAGCAGUAUUCAGUGCCCUAUGUGGGCACCUCCACCCACUUCCCCUUCUCAUACCCAACCCACCCUGGCUCACCCAAACCCACCCACCCCCUGCGCUCUCGCCUCCCCAGUAACCCCUCCUACUCUUCCUCCUCCCCUCCUUCCUCUUGCAACUCCCCCAGUCCUUUCGCCUCAGAUGUCCUGAACCCUUUUAGUGACGUCAGUACCCUUCCCUCCCCUGCCCUGCCAGGUCACUCCCCUACCGUGUGGCCACCCCAAACUCCACCCCUCUUCUCCCUGGCCAAUGUGCUCUCCAUGGCCAUGAGUAUGGCCCAUUCCUUCAUCCCUACCCCCAACUUGCCUUCCCCACUUGGCCAGACCAUGCCCUCCCUGGCUAGUUUUCCUCUGCAGUUUAGCCAUGCUGUGCCACCCCAGCCUUGCUAUCCCUCAGUAUAUUCCCCCAAGUAUCCUGUGCCCAUGCAGCCAGAGCCUACACACCCAUAUGGCAUUCUCAAGGAUCAGCCUGAUUGUUGCCAGAACCCUGAAGCCAAAGUUCAGCACUGGGACGAUGCAUAUGGAUGCACCCUGAGGACAGAUUCCACCUUAACGCACACACACAUGAUCAGUUCCACCCCUGCCAUGGCUGUGCAUAUAGAUGCUCCUGUGCAGCAGAUGGGCUGCAGUGUCCCACAGGCAAUGGUUUGGGUUAAUCCUGCCCCUGCUGUCCAGCAACACCCUAAGGAAUACACUGUGCCUCAAGGAUACACACAAACCUUCCCCAGACCUUCACCUGACCAGUCAGGCUUCUGUACAUCAUCUGGGCUGUCAUCUUCCCCGAGACCCAGCACAGAGACUAUGCCUUCAUCUUCUAGUCCAAGAUCCCACUCCCCACCAACAGUACCAGAGACCAGCACUAGUGUGUGUGAACCUAAAGAAUACCCUGUUCACUCUGAGUCAAAGUCCAUAGUCACAGUUGGACGCUUUCAGGUUUCCCCCACUAAAGAGCUCCCAGCAGCAACUUCACAUGCUGAUAAUAAAACCACUCCAAAUGCUGGACCCACAACUGUUGUUUCUGCAGAUGCACCAACAGCACAAGCACACUUGGCCACCUCUUCCAUUUGCUCCUUGCAUGACACUCCAGUUGAGGGGCAAAAAAUGUCAGAGGGAAAUGAAAUUACAUUGUUAAGUUGCACCACGUCUCAGCAUUUCCACACAGACGCUCCUGAAGACCCGCACCUCUCCUUGAAUGUUGCUCACAAGUUAAACGAGCCAUUCGGACAACAGGAAAACGUCUCGAUGCAGACUCCUCAUGACGUCACCCACCUCCAUGAGCCAUCUCCUCCACAGCAAGAAAGGAAGACUAUGUGGAGUGAGGAGAGCAAAGAGGAAGUUCAGCCGAGUGGUAACCAGGAGCCUGAUGAGAAUGAUGAGGGCCAGGGAGACCAGCAGCACAUGGGGAAGAGGGGCCAAAAACCUGAGUCUGUCCAGUCUCUCACAGGGACAUCCAUAGACAGUGGGCUGUCUGUUGCCAUGGACGCAGAGGGGAGCCUUUGGGAUGGAGUGACGGGCAGCCCUCAGUAUGCCACCCCACUCCACAAUCUGUCAAGGCAGAGCCACACACGCCCCUCCUCAUACAUGAGCAGCGACGAAUUGGAGAGCGACGAUGAUGAGAUGUGGGAUGAGCUCCUGGAGCUGAGGGAGAAGCACCUCUGUGAAGUUCAGACUCUGCAAGCAGUGCAGAAGCGAGAGAUAGAGGAGCUCUACAAGCGCAUGGGGAAGAUUCCUCCACCAUGUAUCGUGUCUCCAGCAGCAAUGCUAUCCAGCCGGCAGCGUCGUCUCUCCAAAGGAGGAGCUUUCCCUUCCUCUCGUCGCAACAGCCUGCAGAGAUUGGAUAUUCUCCCCGUAACAGGGAUCAUAAGGAAGAAUUCUCUGAGUGGGAGCAGCAGUAGCAGCAGCAGUUCACAGGAACGACCUCCUAAAGGGGUAACCUUUGCCCCUGACCUCACCAGAAUGUAAAAUACAUAUCCAAGCCUGUUGGCAGAACUAGUUUAGACUACCUCAUCCAGCCAUCAUCUACUGUUCACUCCCACAUCCUACUGAAGAAAGAAGACUUUACACAGGCAGACCUUGCAAUAGACAAAGAGACCUUCUCUGCUCGUAGAAGAGCAAGUGUCAGUGGCACUUCCUGUUCAGACGGUCACCGUGGUAAUGCCACAUUACUGCCUCUACUCAUGCUAUGAGUGCCCCCAGAGCCUCUAGUUUGUAACCCAACUAAAGAUCAAUUCCUUAGUUGACUGUUAAAACAUAUUAAAAAUAAUCUUGCGUUGGCUUUCAUUCAUUCUUUGCUGUUCACAUUAGACUACGUUGCCACCUGAGCACAAUGUAUGAAUCCCAGUGUAUGAAAUAUAGACCAAUUCUUUGUCCUUGCUUUAAAAUAGAUGCCUCUGUUGGGGUUGGAACAAGUGUAAUGUACUUGAAUUCCACCACUGCCACCCUGAACCCUGCUGUUGUGACAAUGCUAUUGGUGAAGUUGGUGAGCUUAGUGACAUGAAAAUGAUUUGUUAGUUCUCUCUGAUGGCUCACCAGUGGAUCAUUAGUGACUCCCAGUCUUGGCCAUGUCCUUUGCACUUUUGAAAAUAAACUGCCUGUAUAUGCAGCUGUUAGACCUGCUGAACAGGCAUGUGUUUUCUGUGUAUGUGAGAGAGAGAGGAAAGGGAAGAGUGAGAGAGAGAUAAAAACAAACAUCUAAUAGACAUUGUAUUUCUGUCCCUGACAUUUUGCUGUAGAAAGUAUUGUACAACUGAAUAGAUCUGUCAAAGACAGCAACAAAAAAAUAUUAACCUCUUGUCUGACAUACUGUACUGCUUAUAUAAAAUUAUUUUUGUUGGGUGGGUUUUGGAUGUGUAUUUUAUUUUUCCCAUAUGGUUAAUGUGAAUAGAAGCUGGAGAACUGGAGAUAAUGAGCUGUCUAAUAUGUACAUUUUGAAAGUGCAAUGUGUGAAUUAAAUUGAACAAUAUGCAACCAUUAUAUUAAGCCAUUUUUUGAGAUUUGAAGCUGUGAUGCAUUUGUUGCAGUUAUAGUCUUCUCUUUGCUUGUGUAAGAUUGUCUUUGCAUUGUUUCACUAGUUGAAUAUGCCUUUUGUUUUAUAUUAUAGAGGCAUAUAUAGGUUAUUAACUGACAAACACCAUUACUAAAGUUGCCAAGUUAACUUUUACUGAUACUAUGAAUGCAUUUAAAAAGCACACAGCACUUCAACAAAAUCAUCUGGUUAUUUUAAAUAAAAAUUGCAGACAAUUCUACAAACUUUACGGUAAUACCUAAGGAAACCAAAUGUUGUUAAAUGCAACACACAGUCCGAGAAGCGUUCUGAUUACAUUCAGCUCCUGCAAUAUUUAUUUUGUAUUUUUUUGCUGCACUUUUGUUUGAACAUCCGUAUUA